UGAACCUCCAUACCACGUGAAACGCCAUUACCUCGUCGCUUUGUUAUUGAUGAGACAAAACUCAUCGUCAUGUUGACACCCAGAUUCGAAUUAAAACAAGAUGAUGACGAGGUGACAAUCAGUAUUUACGCGCGUUAUGCUAACAUCAGAGAUACCGAAGUUUAUGUCGAGGGAAAUGAUUUUCGCUUCCACUCGUCUCCCUAUUAUCUGCGACUGAAAUUACCCGGAAAAAUCAUUGAGAAUGACGACUCCAAAGGGUCUUACGACUGCGACACUGGAACAUUCACCCUGAAAUUCUCCAAAUUGAAUAAAGGAGAGCACUUCGAGAAUUUGGAUAUGAUAACGACACUUCUAGCUCCUCCCAAAAAGAACAAAGACGUUGCUCCGACAAUCGAAGUCAUUGGUAAUCCAGCUGCCCAGCAUGAAGAUGGAGUUGAUCCUCUUUCCGAAGGUCCAGACCAAGGAGAUGAUGACGAUGGAGACGACUGGUUCAUUCCCCAGGUUUCAGUCGCUCCUGGGGUUUCUAAUAUUCUCUCUGGACAACCGAAGUAUGGAUUCGCGAAUAAAGUUUCUGGAGCUCUAACUUCAUUCGAUUCUGGCUGGUUGAGAGACGUCAUCGACCUCCCCCACCCCGACUCCACCCCCGCAGCCCAGCGAAAAUCCCUCCGAGAGGCCGAUGAAAAAGCGCAUUUUAGUGACGACCACUAUAUGGCAGACCUGGUUCAGGUAGAAGAAACUGCUAAACCGAGCAUUAUCUUCUCUCCCCAGUGGUACCAAUCAUCACCAGAAUCCAUUCUCCUAACCGAUAAUGAGAAAGACAUCCUGAAGGAGCUGCCCAACAAGGAGUACCUCCUAGACAACGAGGAGAAGCAGGCGGUGCUCUACGGUCUGGUGGACAUCCUCUUCGCCUCGUGCUACAACCACCGAGUGACUCAAGGGGAGAAUUCAUCGGAGAGCAGCUGGGACAUCAACAAAAUCUCGUCCACUCUCUCCUGGUUCCAGACGUAUUCCUCCCUGGAAGACGUUAUCAGAACGUCAAUCAGAAGGUCCUUGUGCUACCCCCUGUACCGCCACUGGGACCUCUCCAUGAAGGUCCUGGAGGACGUCAAACAGAUCCUGAAGCUGGGUAAGAAGAUGGUACUGAAGAGAUUCUGCGAGAUUCACGAGCUCUUCAAUAACUCCUUCGAGCCUAGAUACCUCCUGAAUCAAUUGUACAUCAGGGAUUAUCUCAUCUGGAUUCAGCAGGCGCCUGAUUCCCUCAUUCUCUCGCUGUUCAACGCUCUUGAUGGUCUGCUACCGAAGAAAGAGGACAUGGGGUUCGAUCUGGUGGAGCUGGAGACAGCCGCCUGGUCAGUCCUCGAGGAGGAGAAUCAACAGGAGAGGAUUGAUGAAGGGUCUGAGGAGCAGAAUCUGAUCAUUGGGAACUCGAUUCACGAUGUGGUUAAUCAGCUUAACAAGAUGGAGAUGGGUUCUGAGGGGAGUGAUGAGAGCGACUCCGAAACGGAUUCUGAUAUUGAUACGAGCUCGAGUAGCUCCUUGAGCUCCAGCAGUUGUAGUUCCUCCAGUGAGAGCUCGACAGAGUCGAGUGAUGAGUCCAGUGGGGAGAGGAAGAGAGGACCAUUGAUACUGGAGAUGGGGAAGGAGUUGGAUAGUGAUGAUUCUACGGAUGAAGAUCAUUGAGGAGAGAAUUUAAAAGAGGGAUAUGUACGAAAAACUGAUGAGAUUAAUUAUUUUUUGGGUUUUAGCUCUUACUUGAAGUGAUCUGUUCCCUAUCAUAACUGAUUUAUCUCGAACUACCACUUCAAUUCUUCAGAACAUGUAUCCAGAACACAUAUUUAUUUUUAGAUUAUUAUUAU